UGGCCGUUCUUAAACUUACUCUACACAGUUAGCGCCUGGUAACUCUCAAACUUGUACAUUUAAAACUCGUACAUUUUAAAACCAACUGUCGUUCAGUUGCCAAUAUAUCUACCCCCUUGUCCCCGGCAGUGUGUUUAGUUUAGAAGCCUCUGUGCUGGGCCAGUGGGCUAGCUGCUCUGCAGCAGGAACAAUGACAGCAGCUGUAGCGGGCAGCGGGAGCUGCCAGGCGGCUAAAGGGCUGGACAUCAGCCUGGCUGCCCUGCAGCGACAAGACCCCUACAUCAACAACAUCAUGGACGUGGCCAGCCAGGUCGCCCUGUACACGUACAACAACAAAGCCAACGAGUGGGAGAAGACAGAAGUAGAAGGCACUCUUUUUAUCUACACAAGAUUGGCAUCUCCCAGACAUGGAUUCACUAUUAUGAACCGACUCAGCAUGGAAAAUCUGACAGAGCCAAUAACAAAAGACUUGGACUUCCAGCUGCAGGACCCCUUCCUCCUUUACCGUAAUGCACGAUUGGUAAUCCAUGGGAUUUGGUUCUACGAUAUGGAGGACUGUCAACGCAUUGCACAGAGGAUGAAGAGUCUGGCCCAGCAGGAGGAGAUCCUGGUGCAGUCCCAAGGUGGUUGGUUGUCCCCAGGAGGAAAAGGAGGACGAGGAAUAGGAAUACCAAUAGGAAUAGGAGGAGGAGGAGGAGAAAUAAGAAGAGCCGGAGGAGUAGGAGUAUUGGGGAUUGGUGGAGGAGGAAGUAGUGGACCAAAAUCAGUAGACAUCAUUCAGAUGUUGACCAAAGCACGGACGGUGUAUGACAAGGGAAACUCAAGCUCAGAGCCAAAGGAGAUUGGUGGGAGCAGUGUCUUAUGUGGAAACCCCAACCUUAUCAAACCAAUACCAGUUAAACCAAACACUCAGAACAGCGACGGAGCAGAGCCCAAAACUCUGUCUUUGGCCACUCUUUUUGGCUCUCAGCAUCAGUCUCAUCCAACGUCUACUGUGACUGCUCCCACAUCAACAGGAAAAGUUUCUCGUCCACCUGUAGCCCGCACACUGACUUAUGAUGACGCAAUAGCCUCUGACAAGAGUGUGUCCUCUGUAGGAGGAAGCGUUUCCCUCAUCGGCAUCUCAGGUGGAGGUAUCAGGCCGGUUACCGGGGGCGACAGUUCAAUUGUUGCGACUGAGAGUCCCGCCACUGCUACCGAGCAGCUGCCAAAUCAAAUGCAGCACUGUCCGGCCAUUGCAAAGCUCAUGCAGGCCCAGAGGGGUGUUCUUCAGACUUUGUCAGAGUCCCCAGAGAACCGGCUGUGUGACAACGGAGUGCCGUUGGAGCAUCACCACCAUCACCACCUGUUUCAUCAUCACCCUCAGCAGCAUCACCACCAUCACCAGCUCCAGCAGCUUCAACAGCUUCAACAGCUUCAACAUGAUCCAAUAAAGAGACUUUUGCAACACCAUCCAGCUCACCCACUCGCCACCUCCUUCUCUGCUGCUGCUCCUUGUUGCCCAAACCCGCCUCCUCUACAGCAGAGCCCUCAGCUCUCCUCCCAGCAUGUAAUGGGGGAUUCUGUAUCAUGUUCCCACCUUCAAGCACAACAAAGCCACCAGAUGUUUCUCACCCUGUCAAAUUCUCAGACAGAGGAACAGCACAACAGCCAGGCAGCUUCAACCACACUGGGAACAGGUCUGCCUUCCCAGUUGCAAGGUGUGGUGUCGCCUCACGAGCUCCUCCAGAAGCUCCAGCUGGUCCAGCAGGAACAGAGCCUGACUUCUCAUGAUUCACCUCGACAUUAUCCUGGACUGGCACCCCGAUUCCUGAGGCCCACCCACAUUGAAAGUCCCAACGCGUCUCUAUGUCCAGACCCGGCCACGGGCAUGGCAGGUCAAAAAGCGGCACUGCAGUUUCAGGUCAUCUCCCCCCAGCGGAUACCAGCCACUGUGGCCCCCACUAUGCUCCUUUCUCCCAGUGUGUUCACGCAGACCAAGCCGAGCAGUGGGAUGUCAGCAGUCGCUAUAGAGAGCUGUCCUGCACCGUCAACCUUAUCCAGACCUUCACUUCAGAACGAUGUCGGAGUUCUUUCCAGAAGCCAACUUCAAGCCACGCUGCUGCAUCUGAUCCAGUCUGACAGCUCAUUCCUGGACACCAUCUACGAUGCGUACGUCAGCCGUUCCAGCAGCAAGUAUUGAUGUCUCAUCAGACCUGGUUUCCCCUCACACCUUGUCCAAAGAAGUAUUCUGACAACUAAUAAGGAUGUGCCUCUUUCUUCUCCAAAUUACAAUAACUAUUAUCUCUCCUCAGUCAACCUGCCUCGGUUCACUCUAAGCCAAGUCUUUAGUUGAGAGGGAAAAAACAUUAUAAAUGCAUUCUUUCAGAACAGAAACAUGCAGUUUUCAGCCACACAUUGUCAAAUGGGGAGUACUUGUACUGUCUAGACCUCUUUUAUACUACAGUUUGGAAGAAUAUGUAGCCUCUUCAUUCUCAGCGAAAACAAGACAUUCUGCACCUUAACAGUUUUUACAAAAUGUUCAGAUAAUUCAUAUUAAUAACCAGCACAAUAUAUUUCUUUUGUUCAGGCAUCACAAUUGUUUUUAAUGUCUUUUUAUAUUUUUAUUUCUCCUUGCUUGUACUGUCAAUCAACCUGUUGGUUAGAAAAAAGAAAGAAACAAAAAAAAAAAAACAGCUUCCUUGUCUGAAAACUCUGAAGUACCUGCUGAAACUUGGUCUUAAAUAAUAGAAGUUAUUGCUUUUAUUGUUGGAGUAUAUUUUAUUACCCAGAUCCUAUAAAGUAAAUGUUUUAGAGCUACUUUGUCAUGUUUUUAAUAUUACUUUUUUGUUGUCUCUGAUCACCAGCAUUGAUGAAAUCUGUAUUUGGAUUUGGGUUCAAAAUUAUUUUGCUUCCAUGCCGCUCAGCGUUUGUGAGUAACGUUGGUUGAUGUUUAUGGAACUUUAAUUUUAACAUGCAACAUUUUGCAUUUGGUUCACAACUCUGUAAGAAAGCAAAAAAAGCAACAAUAUGUUGUUCAUGUUGAUAAUCCAAUUCAGAUUGAGCAGAACUAUUGAGAAGAAAAGAAAAUGACUCAGUUUUACUCCAACUUGCGAGAAAAAAGUAAGGAAAUUAAAGGAAACCAACAACCUGCGCUACCUCACAGACAGCUGAGUUGGAGUUACCUUUGAUUUCAUCCAGCGGUAAUGUAGUUUUUUUUUUUUUUUUUUUUUUUUUUAGAUAAAUAAAGGUUAAAGUUUAAAGGGUUAAGUUUAUCAAAAGGGGUUUUCUUCAUCAUUUUCAUUCACAGAGCAACACCAGACAACUAUAUCAUGCAUGAAUCUCCACUGGGCAUAAUUUAACAUUUUAUUGAUGCCUUUAAAGGCAUAACAAUCAACUGAGAUUGUUUCAGAGUUUAAAUAGACAGCCCCAAAAUAUGGUUACCGUAAACAUAAGUUUUACAUAUAAGAUGCUUCUUGUGUGGAGGUUUUAGGACAGUAAAAGUUGUGCAUUUUCUUUUUCACAAAACUAAAUCUCCUUUGUAUGAAAAGCAUUUUUUUUUUUUUUUAAUUCAGUAUCAUUUAUUUUGUCUCGAGUACAGAAUAGAAAAUGAGUCAUCGUGUCCGGGUUUGCGGUUUGUUAACUGGUGCAAAACUUGUUAACUUGUACAUACUUGAUACUGCAGCAGCAAUAAAUACAGAGGAUAUGUUUAACAAAAAGAGAUGUUUGUUCAUAUUUUUGUACACAAUAAGAAAAAUGUCUAUCUCAUAACACAAAAAGCCAAUGUGUUAAAAUCCACAACAGUCAUUAUUUAAGAGGUUCUUCACCAGCUCUGGUUCUGUUUCAGGAGGUGCCAUCCCUGCAUUGUCUAUAAAUGUUAGGAAACCCUAAAACCUUGUAAUGUUGUUAGAAACAUUGGCGUUUCCUUGUUGAGUGGAAGGUUUUGCUGUUACAUGAAAUCAGAAUAAAUGUUAUCAGUCUCUGUUGUUGCUUAUUGUAUUAGUUUUUUAUUUUGUUUUUCUUUUCCUUUCUUUGGUCAAAUGUUAUUAUAUUCAUAAGAUUGAAGAAACUACAUUAGAUUAAUAAUUGAAAAUGUGCCUGAACAUAAUUUUAUUGGCUUUCACCACAAUCGAUAGCAGAACAUAAUAUCCACAGUAGUUUUCAUACACGCAGCAGAACUGAAAGACCUUGGCUAAUUAACUGUAACAAACACUGUUGGUUUUUCCAACAUUAAUUUACUCUCGUGUUAAUGAUUUACAAACUUUACAAGCCAGUUUUUGAGGUUUAUGGGCAUAAUGAUAUCAGUUUUACAUGAUAUGGAAGACUGAAAACUCUACAUUCAUAAUAAAAUGAUUUAAAAAAUAACCCAAUGCGUAUGAAGUUCCACAUCAGUGAUCAAAUCAAGUGACCUGCUGAGAAUAUGCCAAAUAAGGAUAUGUCCACCUAACGUCGUCCUUCUCAAACAUUGAUCUUCAGCAUUCUAACAAAUAUAAUUAGACUAUAGAAAUUAUUUAAAAAUGUGAUGUGUAUUUAAGGAGGAAAGGAGCGCAUCUGCAUGCAGUCAAAACAGCACAUGGAAAAAUGAGGUGAAAAGCCUGAUUUAAGAUUAUUAAAGUCGCUAACGCUGUUCCCAUCUCUGCCUGGGGGCGGUGAGCUGUGGCGCCAUCUAGAGGCCGUGCGCCGCCAUAGCAAGUCGCAUUUAUCUCCGCAAGUGUCAACGCUCUAUUAUAGAUAACGUCUUAAAAGCUGUUAAUUGGCUUAAAAGAUUACAAGAUUAAAAAGUGAAACCAGAACAAAUCAAAGCAUGUAUAAUAUUAUUUUCCCCUAUCUUGAUGCCCCACUGAGCUUGCUUGUUGAACACUUUUCUAAAGCAUCUAUUUCGCAAUUCAAUUCCAUUUUAUUUAUAAAGCGUCUAUAACAACACAGGAUUCUCUGGGCGCCUUUCAGCGACCCAAAACAUGACCACCGAGCAAAUAUUGAAAUAAAAAAUGGCAAUUAAAAAAAUCCUCUAGCAGGAGAAAAACCUUUAAGCCAGACAGUGAUAAAGAAAACCCCCUUAAAAGGGAAGAAACCUUGAGCAGAACCUGGACCAUAAGGAGAGACCCUCCUGACGCAGGCCAGUCGGGUACAGGAAGAAAAGAGGAGGGAGAGGUCAAAAAGGGAUGAAUAACAGACAGAAGAGAGGACAGAAUGUUUUGUCAGUGCUGUUUAAGACAAAAUAUAAUAGUAGUCAUUAUCUGUUAGCUGGAUAACUAAAAAUCUGUACCUAUUUUAUUACUGAUACAUAGUUAUUUGAUUGUGUGUGUUUGUGGGGGGGCAUUCUACUGCUUUCUAGGGCAUAUUAUACACAAACACAUAUUAUAAUAAUUUCUUAAAGACAACUUUAAACACAGUUUUUGAACUGAAGGAUAAUUUAGUUGCCUAACGGUCUUUAAGUUGUUUCUAAUUUAAGCCAGUUACUUUUCCAGCCUUUUGUUACCCUUGUUACAACUGUUGUUUUAGAUGUUUUGCUGCCACCAAAUUGAAAAUAAGCAAAACAUUUUCAUGAAACGGCAAAAAGUCUGAUGUCAACAUCUGAUAUGUUGUUUAUGGUCUAUUGUCAGAGUAAAAUAUAACUUUAUGAGAUAUCAAAAUAACAUGGGGCUCCACAUAGACUUCCGUUGGCACGUCUGGUAAAUUAAUAAAACUAAGCAUGUGAGAAUUUAGGGUUUUGCAUUUCCUUAAAUAAGAGUGCUAAUUGUGUAAAUGUAGUGAUUCCUGCUCGAGAUUAUCUGUCAUAUUCCAGCAGAGGUUACACUUUUGCAUUGCAUUGUUUUAAGUUAUUUUAUGUUUUUUCUUUUCU